UUUCAGGACAUUCGUGAUCGUUGCGAUCGUGAAGCUAGUGAAAAGCAAUUUGGCACUGCUGAAUCGGAGAAACCACAAAAUCGGUGUUUAAACAGAUACAGAGACGUAAAUCCCUACGAUCAUUCGCGCAUUAUCAUCCAUAGAGGCAGUGUAGACUAUAUAAAUGCUAAUCUUGUUAAGCUCGAACGUGCCGAACGUAAAUAUAUUCUAACACAAGGUCCGCUAGUCGACACCGUUGGCCACUUUUGGCUGAUGGUAUGGGAACAAAAUACUAAAGCCAUUCUUAUGCUGAACAAAUUGAUGGAGAAAAAGCAGGUCAAAUGUCAUCACUAUUGGCCGGAUAGAAAGGGCCCUGAAAAUGCAUUAAGAUUAAAUGAAGUUAACUUGACUGUUGAAUUUUUACGUUGUGAAGAGUAUCAGAACUUCUGCCGCAGAUGGUUCAAGCUAACAGAUCUUGAAUCGAAGACAAGCCGCGAGAUAUUACAAUUCCACUAUACAACAUGGCCGGACUUUGGUAUUCCCAGUUCACCAGUUGCGUUUUUACAAUUUUUAAAACAGGUGCGCGACUCUGGUGCACUCGAUGCGGAUGUGGGGCCCGCAGUGGUACACUGUAGCGCUGGAAUUGGGCGCUCUGGCACUUUUUGUUUAGUUGACUGCUGUCUAGUUUUGAUUGAAAAGGAAGGCGAGAGCAAAGUUUCUGUACAGGAUGUGCUCUAUGAAUUGCGCAGGUAUCGCAUGGGCCUAAUACAGACUGCAGAUCAAUUAUAUUUCUCAUAUCAGGCAGUUAUAGAGGGAAUCAAAUUGCUUAAGGAUCCAGAAUUUCUGAAUUACAAGGAGGAGCCAAUCAAUAGCAGUGACAAUGAGCACCACGAUCAGUAUGGCACAAUUGGUGGGGAUGUGCCACCACCUCUGCCUCCACGUACACAUUCCCUAGCACUGCCAAUGGCCGGCUGCAGCGCUGCCGGUGCACUAACGUUGAAUUUACAUGGCAAACCAUUACCAAAAAUACCGGCAAGCGCAAGUUUCAACGACGAACUAUACGCCAUGACCGACAAUGCACAACAUGCCAGCAAGGAUGCGUUGAAUAAUUUCAUAAACAACGAAAAAACUGCUGAAAACAUGUCCAACAGACCGCUACCACCACUACCACCACAGCCGCAACGCUCGCAAUCCUCGCUUGAACGCGUACAUGAAUCAGACAGCGAUGAAAAUGAGUUCUACGAAGACGAUAAUAGUGACGAUGACGAUAGUGAUGAUGAAGGACUUUAUAACUAUGACAAUUUGGACGAUAAGAACGCCAACGCCGUUAAUAAGCGGAGUAUAAGUAGUGAACGUGGUAGCGGCAGUGAUGGUGGCGGCGGCGGUGGUAAUGAGUUGUCAACGGAAAUUAAGCAAAAUGGCACUGAUGGCUCCAAUAGCAAUCCGCUCGUGAUCGGCAGUCCCGAAAAUGAGUUAAAACGGCGGAAACGUGUCGAACGACAGGCCAACAUCGAACAGAAAGUUAACGAGAUCAAGCGAAAACAGCGCGAAACGGAGGAAAGCAAGCAUGCGGCGAAGAAACGAAGGUCAUUAAUUACCUAUAUUGCGGCGGGUGUUGUUGUGGGUGUGAUUUGUGUGUAUGCAUAUUCGAAGCUAGCCUAAGGCCAAACAAGUUUAAACAAAUAAGGAAUGGUAAAUACAUAUGUACGUUUGAUCGACAUUAAAAAUGUCCCUAUCCCUGCCCUUCACAGCAUCAAUUGAUAGUUAACUUUUGUGUCGCGCGCACAUGCACUAAAGCGCUUCAUAUAUAUACAUACAUAAAUACAUAUACAUAAUAUAUAGUACAUAUGUAUACAAUAACGCUCUCGCCAAUAGCAUUAGUAAGUAAUGCGUUACAUUUAAUUCAUUAGAACAUCUAAUUAGUAAAUGAAGUGAAGCUAAAAUUAAAUACAGAGUAAUAAUUUUGCAUGUAAUUGAAAAGCAUUUAACACGCAAGUGUUUAUGUAUAAAUUAUGUAACUACAAAUACAAAUGUAGUUUUGCAGUAGACGAGUAAGUUUUAAAAUUUCGAACAAUUUUUUAAAAGUCAACUAAACAAGCUAACGAAGUUUCCAUACAAAAGAUAGGUAAUUCCAGAGAGAUUGGCAAAUGCUUUUUGAGUCAAUGCAUAUAUAGUAUAAUUUUCGAUCGACUUCAAAAGGGGUGGGACUAUAUUUUUGAUUGUAUUCGCAGCUCGCGCAGGAAAACACACCCCAUGCAUAUGAAAAACACACAUACAUGCAUUGAUUGUAUAUUUAUAGCUAUAGAGUACCACUUAUAAGACUCAUGCCAAGUUCUUUUUUUUAUAUUAUUGCUAUCUGACUCUAGAUGCAUUCAUAUAAAUAGGAACAAACUUCUGAAAUAAACUAUUAACUAUUUUAAGUUUAACUUUACUACGUUGCGGCAAAUACUAUGCAUACAAUAAUUUAAUUAAAAUCGAGUAGUAAAUAUAAAUUAUUUCUUUUUGUGUACUAAAAUCCAAACGUAUCGCUCAAUUAUUAGAAGACUGUCACAACUCAAAAAGCAGGAUUCUUGAGAUAAUGAUACAAAAUUAAUGAUUAUAUCAUGGUUCAUUUUGUUGUAACAUCUUCAUGCCAAAAUCUUUUGUAGUUUCUGCGUGAAAGGAGAGUUUCUGCAACUCAAUUGAAAACUUAGCGCGCCUCUCCUGCAAAAACGUGCAUUUUGCGUUGUGACAGCCUUUUGACAAAUGACAAAAUGUACAUAUUUACUAACAAUCCUUUAUCAAGCGCGGCUUCACUUGCUCAGAUCGCCUCAUUCGGAGAACUACAUUAUGAUUGAAAAGUGAAAUAGAUAUAUAUGUAUUUCAAACGAAACCUAAACGAUAGGAAAAUAUAAAACAAAAUUAGUGGCAGAAUGCAAAUGUAUUGAACUGUAAUAGACUGAGAAUGUAGGAGAAAGGGAAAUCGAAAAUAAUCUAAAACCAACGACUUCUUUGUGAACAUUUACAAAUCAUGGCAAGUAAAAUAAAUUAUAUAUUAUAUCUGCAUUCAAAAGAUAAAGUAAAGAACUGCGUUUUCCAUACUUCUGAUAAAAUCAUAUUUUGUAACUUCGGAAUAGCACUCACAAAUAAAACAUCAGAGUGUUAACAGAUGUGGAUAUUUAAAUCAAAAAUUGCUAUAAUUUUAGCCUUAGUCGCUGGCCCAGAAAAAAGUUUUAAAAUUUCCUUGGAUUUUCACUGUUUGUUUUGAAUUAAUAUUAUUUAAUUCAGGAAGUUGUUAUAAAGCGCUACUCUCAACUGAACGGAAGUUAUUGCAUCUUUGUUCCGUUUGUUGUUGUUGUAGCAGCAUACAAAUUCCCCAAAGAGUUUUUGGGGAGUGUUGCUGGAGUGACAGUCCUUGGCCAAAUAUAAAUCUGGGUCUUUCCGGUUACGUAGACCCGACUGUCGGUUGCGGUGAAAAGCAAAAGCAAGUAAACUGAAGCGUAAUAUUUCAAAUUUUUUGGAUGCUGAAAUUUGCAAUUCGCACAAAUACUACCGUGUUCACAGUGGUACAGUCGCGCAGUCAACGAUACUUGUUAGUGUUAUAGCCCAGUUGUGCCCGCUCACCGAGCUGACUUAACACAAGUAAUUUUUAAGCAAAAACACAACACUGACUUCAAUUCUCAUAUAAAAAUUUAAGAUUAUCGUUAAUUUCUUCAUGAUCCAGUGAUCGGAUUUAAACCAAAUUAGUAUGGGUCCACCUGUGAGUUAGCACCUCACCUCAAGAAGUAUUGAAAUCGGUUAACGUGGUCCAAAGUUAUGCGGUAACAUACAUAAAAAAUAAUAUAAAAUAUUCCGACGAA